UCUCGUAUUUUUUUGAGUCCACUUUGGCCUACGAAUCUACGAUCUCGUAGUAGAUAAACUUUCAAUACUUUUUUUUUUUUUUUUUUUUUUGAGGGAAUAAACUUUCAAUACUUAAAACCGUAAACAAGACCCAUUAUGACCGUCAAUAUCAUUUAGAUCAACGGUUGAUAGUUGAUGCGUCCCCAUAUAUAUUCCUUUUAUUCUCACCGGAGCUUCAAUUUUACGCAGCAGUCUCAUGUUUUCUCUCUCCUCUAUUGAAGCUCGUAUUCUCAAUUCCUCGUACGAUUUCUGAGAAUUUUCUCUCUUCUCCAUUCGACUAGCUUUGAGGUAUCCAUGUCUAUUAUCAAUCUGAAGAAGAAAAAUUUGUGGAUUCUUUUGUUUGAUUGUUCAUUCUUCAAGAGAGUACGUUGGUGGUGGGGUUCGUAAUUAUUUGCUGUUGACUUAAUCAUCGGAGAGUGAGUUGUUCAUCUCUGAUCUCUCUUCUCUCCUUUGAUUAUUGUUACGAUCUUUGAUCUCUUGCUUGGUUAUUGUGUUGCAUAUUGCAAUUGCUCUUGCUCUUGAGCCUCUGAAUUACUAGUGGUUGUGGAAAAUAGAUUGAUUAAUAAAAAGAAACCGUCUGGUUUCGAAAGUAGAUUGAUCUUAAUAUAAGAAAGGGGACUUUUGCUAGUGUUGAAUUAUGGAAGGAUUGUUAGGAAGUAAGUCUUGUCCGCCGGGGUUUCGAUUUCGCCCCACGGAUGAGGAGUUGUUCAUGUUUUAUUUGAAGAGGAAGGUUUUGGGUAAAUUUCUGGGUCCCCAGAUGAUUUCUGAGGUUGAUGUGUAUAGGUUUGCCCCGUGGGAUCUUCCUGCGAUGGCAUGUAUUAAAACGAAGGAUCUGAACUGGUAUUUCUUCUGCCCUCGAGUAAAGAGAUACCCUAAUGGAGGUAAGGCCAAUAGGGCUACUGAAUGGGGAUAUUGGAAGUCAACAGGGAAUGAUAGGACUGCAAUGUAUGCUUCUCGUCCUGUGGGAAAGAUUAAAACUUUGGUAUUUUAUAGAGGGAAGGCUCCGAAAGGGGAAAGGACUAAUUGGGUAAUGCAUGAGUUUAGGUUGGAUGACAAAAUGCUUGCCGACAAAGGUGUGCCACAAGAUUCAUAUGUCAUUUGUAAAAUAUUUGAAAAAAGUGGGUUAGGUCCAAAGAAUGGGGAAGAUUAUGGGGCUCGAUUUGUGGAAGAAGAAUGGGACAGCGACACCGAUGAUACUAAUGUGCCAGAGAGAGAAUCUGGACUUGUGCUGCAUGAUACGGGUUGUGGUGGUGUUGCUGAUAGCCCUGAUGGUUCUGUUUUAACUUCGUCUGUGAGUGCUCCAAGUGCUUCUUAUCCAAUUGGUACUCUCGUUGCUGAUGCUGCUGCUACUAAUGUGGCUUCUCCAAGUACUAUUGCAGCUUCUAUGGGUACUCCAUACAUUACUGCUACUUCUAUGGGUACUCCACUUAACAAUGCAACUUCUGCAAGAAUACCAAAUGAUGAUCCUGUAUCUGUGGAUGCGCCUAAUGUUGUUGCAACUUCUGUGGGAUUUGCGAGUGCUUCUCCUACUGCUGUGGGUUUUGCUUCCGAUGCUGUUGGAAUGACAGAGGACGAAGUGGACAGGCUUUUGAAGUAUUUCAUUGAGGAUGCUGGGGAUGUGGGCGAUAUAUUCAACGGAUUGGGGGAUUUGGCUGAUACUUCUGGCCAGAAUAUUGAUUGGGGCGAUUUGUCUGAUACGUCUACCCACAUUCCCGACUGGUGUAAUCAUUUCAUUGAGAUGGACGAUCUAAUUUGAGUUAGUUUUCAAUGAAAUCUGUGUAUUAAGAACCUAUUAUGUUAUUUCGCAUCGUUCCAACUAAGUGCUAGGAACUGCCUUUUUCAUAUGUUAUGUUUCCUUGUGUGGUUUGCCAUAUAUUGACUCUAUAUAUGUUGCUUUUUUUUCCGUGUACGGAUGAUAUAUUUUACACUUGUUUGGUUAAGAACAAGCUUUGGUAUUGUUUAGGCUUUUUAAAGAUGCCACGAGUUUUCUUCAAGAUUCCAAUGCAAGGUUGUUUAGACUUACUAUUGGGCUUA